GGUGCCUCUCAGCAGAAUAAAGUCACUUGGAUAUUGUCCCUCACUAUUGACCCUAUAAAAUUCUCAGUGCUUUCUUUCACAUCUUUCUCACCAUCUCUCAUCAAUUGGGCAAUAUCAGAUCGAGUUCACCAACAACAAUCCGAUCUCUUUGAGCGCAUGCAAAGUGAUCUCUUUGUCAAGUUGUUCAACUUGUAGUAUUUGGGGUUUUGAAUAAUUGUGUAGCAAAAAUGGAAAAGUCGGUGAAUUAUGGGGGUCAUCAUGAUGAUCUAAAUCUUGAGGCGACUGAGCUGAGAUUAGGGUUGCCCGGGAUUAUUCGCAGUGAUAUUAUUGGGUAUGAGAAACAAUCAUCAUCUGCUAGUACUGUAGUAGUGGUGAGAAAUAAUAAGAGAGCUUCACCAGAGGGAAUCAUGACCCAGGAGUCAAGUUCCAAGAGCCAUUCCUACGUUUCUGAUGCUAGAAAUGGUGACCCAGAUAGUCAUCAUCAGCCUCCAGCCAAGGCACAAGUAGUGGGGUGGCCACCGAUUCGGUCUUUCAGGAGAAACAGCUUCCAACAAAAGAAAACUGAUCAGGGAGAUGGUGCAGGGAUGUACGUGAAAGUAAGCAUGGAUGGAGCUCCUUAUCUGAGGAAGGUUGAUCUCAAGGUGUACAAGAGCUACCCAGAACUCCUCACGGCCUUGGAAAAUAUGUUCAAGUUCACCAUAGGUGAGUAUUCAGAAAGGGAAGGCUACAAUAGAUCUGAAUAUGCUCCCACUUAUGAAGACAAAGAUGGUGACUGGAUGUUGGUUGGAGAUGUUCCAUGGGAUAUGUUCAUUUUCUCCUGUAAGAGGCUGAGAAUCAUGAAAGGAUCAGAAGCUAGAGGCUUGGGUUGUCUAUGAAAACCCACGAGAGGAGAGACAACUACCAGAAAACAUGUCAAGGCGACUUGGACAUGGAAUCUUUUGGCAUGAGUUCUGACAGGACACAAUAUAUAUUUGUCAGAUUCCAUAAUUUUCCUUUUCCUCACUCAGUGCUGGUUUCAGCCUUUAAGAGUCUAGUCCUUUGUCAGUUCUUGAGAACCAAUACUUACAGUACAGGAAAGCUUGGAAAAAGGGGGAAAAAUAAAGGAGAAACAAAAUACAGUAGUAAUUGAUAUCCAACUGUACAGAGGAUAAAAUGCGGUUCAUAUUGUCCCAAGAUAUGUGCUACAUAUGUAUUAGUAAGAUAUAGAAGGCUACAAAUACAACAUUUUUCUUCAAAA